CUCUUUCUAAAUCAGCAGCAGACAUCUUUUUGUUAGUGUACUUAAAAGAUCAACGACGAACAGCAAGUCUCUUGUAAGAACAACAGAGUUAAUAAGCCAGAACUUUCAGUGAAAAUGUUGUCCAAAUUGAUGUAUGAUUUGAAAACAUUAGAGAAUAAAGUUAAUCUGUGAAAAGUAGGAGGAAAACAUCAAUGUGACUGUAGGGCAAAAUUUGAAAAUAAAUAAAUAUUGGGACUUUGUUUUGUAGAACAUCCAGCUCGUUCCUGGCGCCCCCUGUCGGUGCUACGCGGCACUGCCAGCCUCAGCCGUUCAGAGUCACGUGACACCAGCGGCAAAAAGCAGAGAGCGGCGCUGAGUUUGUAGCUGCGCGAGCCUCAUCACCUUCAUCAUCAUCAUCACUACAGCCGCAGCCACGGCACGGUCCAGCCGCGCGAGCCUCCGGAGUCUUCACCGUUUCGGGGACGCGGGCGUCAUGGCGGGCCCCCGUUAACAGCAGACCAGAUUUAUCUCUUUGUUCUCGCCGGCUCUCUCCGCGCGCCUCCGCCGAGGAGGACUCCCUACCCGACCGAGCAGAGCAGAGGAGGAGGCAGGAGCAGCGACAGUCAGCAGCUGGCGGAGCGCGCGGCUCUCUGAGCGGGACUUGUUUUUCACGGCAGCAGCUCCCCUCAUGGCGGACCGAGAGGCGUCGCCGAUCCCGUUGGAGAUCCGAGCCCGGCUGGCGGAGCUGGAGCUGGAGCUGUCCGAGGGAGACAUCACUCAGAAGGGUUAUGAGAAGAAGAGGUCCAAGCUGAUCAGGGCAAUUACUGGAGGUAUGGAGGGGCCCAUGUCUCAUCGGGCCCCGCUCGGGCCUCCUUCUGCCGCCCGUUUCCACCGGCGGAGAACCUCUGGCACCAGAGAUGAGCGCUACAGAUCAGACGUCCACACGGAGGCGGUGCAGGCGGUGCUGGCGCGUCAUGUGGAGAGGAAGAUGGCCGUGCCCAUGCCCUCCAAACGGCGCUCGCUGGUGGUCCAGACCUCCAUGGAUGCAUACACUCCUCCAGGCCUGUCCCCCCUGUGCUCAGACUCCUCGUCGGGCUCAGAGGAGGAGGCGGGGCAGGGCGACGACAUGUCCAGCGUGGAGCACUGGAUGAGCCGGCCCUCCCAGCUAGGCCCCGCCCACCUGGGCUCCACCUCCUCCUCGUCCUCGUCCACACAGAGCGGAGGCAGCGGGAACGCCGGGCGGCUGGCCGACUCGCUGGCACACUCCCACCUGUCACACCUGGGGCACACACACCUUGGGCACGCACACAUGGGCCAGGCGCACCACCAGCAGAGCCACCUGUCGCAGUCGCAUCACGGAAUCGGACACCUGUCCCUGAAGAGGAAGGGGGCUCUGAGUGUGGCGGAGAACGGCGGAUCUCUGCGGCGUUCCUGCGAGUUUGGAUCUGACAUGUUAUGGCCGCCGCCUCUGGAGUCAGAGGAAAACCACUCGGCCCCGCCGGACGUGACGGGAUACUCCUCGGACUCGUCCCACUCCCAUGUGGAGCGCCACCACAUGUCCAACAUGGGAACCAUCGCCAGGAACACGCAGAAGUACGGAAACGCGGAGCGCAUGGAGACGGGCGACGGUGUUCCGGUCAGCAGUCGUGUGUCGGCUAAGAUCCAGCAGCUUGUUAACACUCUGAAGCAGCCUCGCAGACCGCCGCUACGAGAGUUCUUUGUCGAUGACUUCGAUGAGCUUCUCGAGGUCCAGCAACCGGACCCCAACCAGCCCCGACCAGAGGGGGCAGAGAUGAUGCCGGUUCGCGGUGAGCCGUUGGGGGUGGUCACCAACUGGCCCCCCUCCCUGGAGGCUGCGCUGCAACGCUGGGGGACCAUCUCCCCGAAAGCCCCCUGCCUGACCAGCCUGGACACUGCAGGGAAGCCCCUCUAUGUGCUCACCUAUGGGAAGCUCUGGUCUCGCAGCAUCAAGCUUGCCUACAACAUCCUCCACAAACUGGGCAGCAAGCAGGAGCCCAUGGUGCGACCAGGUGACCGGGUGGCGCUGGUGUAUCCAAACAACGAUCCCGUGGCCUUCAUGGUGGCCUUCUAUGGCUGUCUGCUGGCAGAGGUCGUUCCCGUUCCCAUAGAGGUGCCCCUCAGUCGGAAGGAUGCGGGCAGUCAGCAGAUCGGAUUCCUAUUGGGCAGCUGCGGUGUUGCCGUGGCGCUGACCAGCGAUGCCUGCCAUAAAGGCCUCCCCAAGAGCGCAACAGGGGAGAUCCCACAGUUCAAAGGUUGGCCUAAACUGCUGUGGAUCGUAACGGAGUCAAAGCACCUUUCCAAACCCCCCAGGGACUGGUUUCCUCACAUUAAAGAUGCAAACAACGACACUGCUUACAUAGAGUAUAAAACCUGUAAGGACGGCAGCGUGCUGGGAGUCACGGUGACGAGGAUCGCUCUGCUCACACACUGCCAGGCUCUCACCCAGUCCUGCAGCUACACUGAGGCUGAGACCAUCGUGAACGUCUUAGACUUCAAGAAGGACGUGGGGCUGUGGCACGGCAUCCUGACGAGUGUGAUGAACAUGAUGCAUGUGAUCAGCGUUCCAUACUCGCUGAUGAAGGUCAACCCUCUGUCAUGGAUACAGAAAGUCUGCCAGUUUAAAGCCAAGGUGGCGUGUGUGAAGUCCAGAGACAUGCACUGGGCCCUGGUGGCCCACAAAGACCAGAAGGACAUCAACCUGAGCUCGCUGCGCAUGCUGCUGGUGGCCGACGGCUCAAACCCCUGGUCCAUCUCCUCCUGCGACGCCUUCCUCAACGUUUUCCAGACCAAAGGCCUGAGAGCGGAGGUCAUCUGUCCCUGCGCCAGCUCCCCCGAAGCGCUGACGGUGGCCAUCAGGAGGCCGGUGGAGGACAGCAGCCAGCCUCCGGGCCGAGGCGUCCUGUCCAUGCAGGGGCUGAGCUACGGGGUGGUCCGGGUGGACACAGAGGAGCGGCUGUCCGUGCUCACCGUGCAGGACGUGGGAACGGUCAUACCUGGAGGUCUGGUGUGCGUGGUGAAGCCAGAGGGCGUCCCUCAGCUCUGCCAGACAGAUGAGAUCGGGGAACUCUGCGUUUGCUCCAUUGCCACCGGCACGUCCUACUACGGUCUGACCGGCAUGACCAAGAACACCUUUGAGGUGUUCCCGGUGAGCUCGAGCGGCGGGCUGAUCAGCGAGUACGCCUUUGUUCGGACCAGCCUGCUGGGCUUCAUCGGCCCCGGCGGCCUCGUCUUCAUCACGGGGAAAAUGGACGGGCUCAUCAUGGUGAGCGGGCGGCGCCACAACGCAGAUGACAUCGUUGCCACGGCGCUGGCAGUGGAGCCGAUGAAAUUCGUGUACAGAGGCAGGAUAGCCGUGUUCUCUGUGACGGUGCUGCGAGACGAGAGGAUCGUGGUCGUGGCCGAGCAGAGGCCUGACUCCACGGAGGAGGACAGCUUCCAGUGGAUGAGCCGCGUUCUGCAGGCCAUAGACAGCAUCCACGGGGUGGGUGUGUUCUGUCUGGCUCUGGUCCCGGCCAACACCCUCCCAAAGACGCCUCUGGGCGGCAUCCACCUGUCAGAAAUCAAGCAGCUGUACCUGGAGGGGGGGCUGCACCCCUGCAACGUGCUGAUGUGCCCCCACACCUGCGUCACCAACCUGCCCAAGCCUCGGCAGAAGCAGCCAGAGAUCGGCCCCGCCUCCGUGAUGGUGGGGAAUCUGGUGUCCGGGAAGAGGAUCGCUCAGGCCAGCGGCAGAGACCUGGGGCAGACGGAUGACAACGACCAGUUUCUGUUCCUGUCAGAGGUUUUGCAGUGGAGAGCUCAGACCACCCCGGACCACGUCCUCUACACUCUGCUCAGCUCUCGGGGGGCGGUGUCCAGCUCCCUCACCUGUUUGCAGCUUCACAAGAGGGCGGAGCGCGUGGCAGCUCUGCUGAUGGAGAGAGGGGGUCUGCAGGAAGGAGACCACGUCGCUCUGGUCUACCCACCAGGCAUCGACCUGAUCGCAGCGUUUUACGGCUGCCUGUACGCCGGCUGUGUUCCCAUCACAGUGCGACCCCCCCACCCUCAAAACAUCUCCACCACCCUGCCCACCGUCAAGAUGAUCGUUGAGGUCAGUCACUCGGCCUGUGUGAUGACCACCGCCGUCAUCUGCAAGCUGCUGCGCUCCAAGGAGGCCACGGCCACAGUGGACAUCAGGAACUGGCCGCCGGUCCUGGACACUGAUGAUCUCCCAAAGAAGAAGGCUCCAGCUCUCUAUAAACCCACCAACCCUGACGGCCUGGCUUAUCUGGACUUCAGUGUGUCCACCACCGGCAUGUUGGCCGGGGUUCAGAUGUCCCAUAAUGCAGUUGGGGCCUUCUGUCGCUCGGUGAAGCUGCAGUGUGAGCUGUAUCCGUCCAGAGAGGUGGCCAUCUGUCUGGAUCCGUACUGUGGUCUGGGCUUCGUCCUCUGGUGUCUCUGCAGUGUUUAUUCGGGUCACCAGUCCAUCCUGAUCCCCCCCGUGGAGCUGGAGACCAACCCGGCUCUGUGGCUGCUGGCCGUCAGCCAGCUGAGGGUGCGAGACACCUUCUGCUCCUACAGCGUCAUGGAGCUCUGCACCAAAGGACUGGGCCUGCAGACGGAGGCCCUGAAGGCUCGAGGUCUGGAUCUGUCCCGGGUUCGGGCCUGUGUGGUGGUGGCAGAGGAGAGGCCCAGGAUGGCGCUCACACACUCCUUCUCCAAGCUCUUCAAAGACCUGGGCCUUCACCCGCGCUCUGUCAGCACGUCGUUCGGCUGCAGAGUCAACCUGGCCAUCUGCCUGCAGGGAACGUCCGGGCCGGACCCUACCACUGUGUACGUGGACAUGAGAGCGCUGCGCCACGACAGGGUCCGCUUGGUGGAGAGAGGCUCACCUCACAGUCUGCCUCUGAUGGAGUCCGGCAAGAUUCUGCCUGGAGUUCGAAUCAUCAUCGCCAACCCAGAGACCAAAGGGCCGCUGGGAGACUCGCACCUUGGAGAGAUCUGGGUCCACAGCGCUCACAACGGCAGCGGUUACUACAGCGGCUAUGGCGAGGAGGUCCUGCAGUCGGAUCACUUUAACUCCAGACUGAGCUUUGGAGACACGCAGACGGUCUGGGCCAGGACGGGUUACCUGGGCUUCCUGCGCCGGACCGAGCUCACGGAUGCCCACGGAGAGAGGCACGACGCGCUCUUCGUGGUUGGAGCUCUGGAGGAGGCCAUGGAGCUGCGAGGGAUGAGGUACCAUCCCAUCGACAUUGAGACCUCCGUCAUCCGCGCGCACAAGAGCAUCAUGGAGUGCGCCGUCUUCACCUGGACCAACCUGCUGGUGGUGGUGGUGGAGCUGGAGGGCUCCGAGCAGGAGGCCCUGGACCUGGUUCCCAUGGUGACCAAGGCUGUGCUGGAGGAGCACUACCUGAUUGUGGGCGUGGUUGUGGUGACGGACGUCGGCGUCAUCCCCAUCAACUCCCGCGGCGAGAAACAGCGCAUGCACUUGCGCGACGGCUUCUUGCAAGACCAGCUGGACCCCAUCUACGUGGCCUACAACAUGUAGCUGGAGCUGGAGUGUGCGAGUGUGUGUGCUGCAGUGGGAGAGCCAGCGCCCGUGGGCUGUCCAAACCGCCGUCCCUCAUUCCGUUCCUCAGAUCAAAAUGUACUGUAUUUUUGAAGCUGCAGAUGGUGUAAACUUUAGUCCUCCCUUUGGUUUUGUUCGUCAUCGUACCCGCUACUUGACAGCUCGUGAUGACUGAUCACUGACUGAUUCAUAACUGAUCAGUGACUGAUCCAUGACUGAUCCAUAACUGAUCACUGACUGAUCCAUGACUGAUCACUGACUGAUCCAUAACUGAUCAGUGACUGAUCCAUGACUGAUCCAUAACUGAUCACUGACUGAUCCAUGACUGAUCAUUGACUGAUCCAUAACUGAUCACUGACUGAUCCAUGACUGAUCAUUGACUGAUCCAUAACUGAUCACUGACUGAUCCAUAACUGAUCACUGACUGAUCCAUGACUGAUCCAUAACUGAUCACGACUGAUCCAUAACUGAUCACUGACUGAUCCAUGACUGAUCACUGACUGAUCCAUAACUGAUCACUGACUGAUCCAUAACUGAUCACUGACUGAUCACUGACUGAUCCCUAACUGAUCACUGACUGAUCCAUGAUUGAUCACUGACUGAUUCAUAACUGAUCACUGACUGAUCCAUAACUGAUCACUGACUGAUCCAUGACUGAUCCAUGACUGAUCCAUGAUAGAUCACUGACUGAUAUCUAACUGAUCCAAGACUGAUCACUGACUGAUCCAUGAUUGAUCACUGACUGAUCCAAGACUGAUCACUGACUUAUCUCUCACUUAUGAUUGAUCACCAUGAUUGAUCACUGACUGGUUAACUCAUCGUUAACUGAUCAUUAACUGAUCAAUAAUUGAUCUUUACCUGACUGAUGCUUGACAGAUUGACUGUUGACUGAUGGUUGACUGAAUGAUAACUGCAAUCGAUGACUGAUCGUUUUCUGGUCGAUGACUAAUCAUUGACUCAUUGCUGACUGAUGGUUGGCUGCCUGUGUUGUGUGGGCUGUUUUUCCAUGUCUUACAGCAGCUCAUUUUUUGGAGUCACUGUGUUUAGGGGGAGUGGAAAAGCAGAGAAUGUGCUUGUUGGCGCCUCCUUCUGGUCAAAUUAAGAAUCCCGGAUCUGUGUUUUUUUCUGUUAGAGCAGGGGCAUCCCGAUCGCUGUAAAAAUAUAAAUACUGUACAUAGACAUAAUAAUCUAUAUGGAGAGGUACCUAAAACACAUGAGGUGUAGUAGCCCCUAUAUGCAGCUCUCUCCACCCGCACCCUGUCUGUGUGUGAGUGUGUGUGUGUGCACUCGUCUGACUGGGACGUCGGCGUGGCUUCAGACCAGAUUUUAUUCUAGAAGAGAAGUUUUAUGAAGGAAAAGACAAAAGCAUCCGUGCUUGUUUUCAGGGAGGUUGGUCUUCUGAAUCUUCUGAAAUGUAAUGAAAAGGGAAACAAAAAAUAUCAAGACUGCAAGUCUGUUCUGUUUGCAAAGAGGUGAAACAGCUGCAGCUUCAUGACUGCAGAGCAGCAGCUUCACUGAGCUGCUCAUGAAAUUUAGUCCCAAAGUCAGGCAAAGGGCACCGAGUGAAUAUGAAUUAUUGGGGACAUCAGAGGGGAGGUAACAGUAUCCAGAUGUUGCUGCAACAGUUCUGUCAGUCAGAGGACCUUAAGUUCUUCAUAUCAGAAAAGCUGCAGUUUAGGUUUCCAGAAAGACCUGGAAGCCCUUUGCAGACGCACUGAUGUGUCAGUUCAUAGACAGAGAGUGCCUGCAGGAAAAAAUCUGGACGCUGACACAACUCUAGAAAAGUUUACAUGAAAGCUCUUAUUGUAGCAAUAAUCUCCCAAAGGAUGUUCUUUACUGCCAGUGAGGAUCCCAGACACUUCCUGCUUCUUCAUGCUCUCCAGCUGUGCACAGCAGAAACGUCUUUCCUUUCAAUUUGACCUCCUUCGGUUUUUAACAGAAGAACUGAGCUCUUUGAAACAGAGUGUGUUACUACUUAAGUUGCAUUUUGGCAGAAUCAUGCUAGAUGUCACUACAUACCAAACAUAGGAAUUCAAUGAGCAUUUAAACAUGUCUGCAUUAUUCUGUCCAGUUUACAAAUAUAAAGGUGACAUAAACCAUAAGAAAUUCCAUUUUCUGCUCAAACUAAUGUGAGAACUCUCUACUUGAGUUGCUAACGCACGCUGAAACAUCUAAAAGUUGAUCGUCAUCAAAACGUUCAAGGUAUUUGACUCAUCAAAUAGUUUUGAAAUGUUCAAAACCUGAUAUUAACUGCAAAAGCUGCCAGGUUGAUCAGCAGAGGAUGAACUAACUCAAGGUUGUUCAAAACUGCUGGAAAUAAAAAACUAAAAAUGAUUGAAAGUGCUCCAACAUUCAAAUGAGCAUUGAAGAUCCAGCUGUGAGCUGACCUCCAAUCUGACUGGAUGAUGAUCUUAAAACACAUAAUAAACUCAACGAUGCUCGAAAGUCUAUUCAAAAGCAAGUACAGGGGACAGAGCCCCAAAUCAACUAACUUGUAAAGAUCUGAGAUCUGUCCAACUAAAUGUUUGCUGAAGUUCUUUGUUCCCAAGUAACUUCACCUGUUUGAAGGUUGGAAGCUUUUUUCCUUUAGUCUCUGCAAAGAGAGGAAAACAUUAGAAGAAUGACAUAUUUACAUAGAGGAGUCUCCUAAAGCAGAGGAAGGGUCAUAACAGUGGGAAUGGCAGCAUGAUCUUUAGAUCUGCAGUUUCAUCACAGAUUUUCCUCAUCUCUGGGGCUUUUAGUUUGAAGGUCUGUGGGGUAAAAAACAUCCUGAGCUUCAGUACAGCAGCACUGACUCCAAGCUGUCCUCAGCUCCCAUGAGGGUGGAAGAGAUUUUAACAGAGUUAACUAAAGAACUUUUAUGAAGAGUUUAAAGAGCCACAGCAGAGCAAAGCAUCAUGGGAAAUUAGAGGCUUGUUUGCACGCCUGAAGGUUUUUGCUUUCACGUGGUUUAUCCUCAGAGGUUCCCAGGUGUUUGGUGUGUUUCAGAAGACGCUUGUUGGUAGCAAAGUAGCGGUCGUGUUUUAUUGCAUCAGGAAGGAACCCCAUCAGAACCCGGAGGACUGGUGCGUGUCUGGGCCUGAGCGGGACAAAGGUGUGUGAGUGUGUAUUGUAUGUAAAUAGUGUUGAUUUUGUACGGUUCAAGUGUGCGUGACUCGUUUUGUACACAUGAUGAAGAAAAGAUGAAAGGACACUUUUAUAAGAGCUGCCUGUCGGCUCGCCGUCACACUAUACAGUGCAAUAAAGUGCUUUGAUUGGCUAAAA